AUGAGGCCAUUUGGCGUUCCUGGAGACACAGAGGUGCUGAUAGUGAUCAAGGCCUGUAGGGCCAAGAUGUUGCCAUCUGCUAAUGCUGUGGGAUGGAACAUUGAAGUGCCAGAAUCAGUGAAACCACCGGAGAAUCCUAACGUCUCUGUGGAAGAGGAAGUGACAUCAGGGAAACCGGUGACUGCUACCUGUGCCGUGUCUCAUUCCUGUCCCUCAGACCUGCCUAAAGUCACCUGGAGCCAUGAUGGCAAACAAUCGAGUCCAUCACAGCCACAGAAUCAUGGUCAAAGGAAGCUUACAUCUUACAGCCUGACCUUCACUCCUUCUAGAGAAGACCACAACAAACAUCUCAGCUGCACUGCAGAGUUUAAAGGGAAGACAGUGACAGACUACAAAACACUCAAAGUUAAAUAUCCUCCAUAUAAUGUAAGCGUGGUCCCUAAAUCCUCAGUGAAGGAGAAUGGCUUUGUUGAACUGACCUGCUCCAGUAACAGCAAUCCUCCUGCAAACAGCUACCAGUGGUUCAGCUCAGAUGGAAAGAUGUUAGCAGAGAGCCCAGCUUACAAACUGAAGAGAGUGUCUGAGGCCAUUUCCUGUACAGCCAUUAACACAGAGGGAGAAAAAAGUUCUGGUUCACAGAAAUUUAAUAUAUUGUAUCCUCCUGAGAUUAAAAAUGAAUCUUCUUGCCAGUCUAAGAUUUUGACGGUUUGUGUCUGUAUUGUGGACUCCAACCAUCCCAGUGAAGUCAAGUGGUUUGGUCCAGAUUCCUCGAAAGCCUUCUCCAGCACCAGCAGUAAACAAAAUGAGUUCACCUUACAGGGUUGGCUGGGUUUCCCUGAGACUGUCCAGUGCUUUGCCAAUAACAGUCUGGGAAGCUCUUCCAAAACUUUGAAAGCUCCUCAAAAUGGUAUAAUAAUAUACAUUGCUGUUGCAUCAGCUGUUGUAGUUGUUUUAGUCUGCAUUUUAGUGUAUGUUGUGAGAAGACGCUGUGGGAAGAGAGCUGCACAACAACCUGUAAUGAAGAAUAAACAGACUCAAAUGAAGACAACCCAAAACAAGUCUGAUUUAGAAAACAGUAAAGAAGUGAAAGGCAGUAAUGAGGAUAUUUACACAAAUUGCUCGAAAGGUCGUGUUUAUGACAACUGGGGGUGUGAUGCAACACCAUUCUCAUCUGACCGUGCCUUGGAAGAUGAAGCAGUCUACGCUAACAUGUGAAGAUAAGAGCAAAUCCCAUCCUACUAGAAAUGACACAUACAGAGAAAGACCAAAGAGGCAAACAAAUUUCUGUUGACUUCUGUAGAUCUGAUAUGCACAGAAAAUGUUCAGAGCCAAAAAGGUCUUGCAACUGAGAAAAACAUACCGUGUGUGAAUCUUAUACAUUCCAAAGGUUUUAAUAUAUAAAGAAUGUAUCUAUAAAGACAAAAUAUAUUUAUAUUUACAUAUAGUCAUUUAGCAGUUACAUACAAAGUGAUUUACAAAUGAGGACAAUAGAAAGCAAUCAAGACCAACAAAAGAGCAAUAAUAUACAAUAUGUAGUGCUAUUGAGUUUAAAUGUCACUCCAUGUAAUCAAAUAGAAAACUAUAUAAGUAUUACAGUAGUAAAAUGAAUUGUAAGCACAAUAAUAACUGCAUUAAUAUUGCAUUAAAACAUAGCUUACCUAAAGAUGAAAAUUUGGGGAACUCUCUCAGCCCAUCUAUGAUGUAGAAAUGUUUGCAUUUUCAUCAGAGCAGAUGUGGAGAAAUUAAGCAUUACUUCACUUGCUCACCAAUGGAUCCUCUGCAGUGAAUGGGUGCUGUGAGAAUGAGAGUCCAAUCAGCAGAUAAAAACAUCACAAUAAUUCACAAGUAAUCCACACAUCUCCUAAAAUGUAAGAAUGUAGUUUUUGGGUGAAGUAUUCCUAUAAUCUAUAUUCAUGUAACGUGGUAUUGGUUAGCUUGGGUGUGGGAACCAAUACCCCAAGGCAUGUAAUCUGCAAAAUGCUUUAGAUUGUUAAAGGGGUCAUCGAAUGCCCAUUUUCCACAAGUUGAUAUGAUUCUUUAGGGUCUUAAUGAAAAGUCUGUAAUAUAGUUUGGUUAAAAUUUUGCAGUGGUAGUAUAAAAGAGCAGUGUUAAUUUUGACAGCAAAUUUUGUGUGAUUUUCUGUCUUUCUUUUGUUGCUUGAUUAACAUCAAUGACUCGGACAAUAGCUACUAAAUUAGGCUGCUAUCCCUUUAAAACCGAAUACACAGCUGCAAUGGAUGCAAUGUACUGAUACACGUCCAAUAUUCUUCCUACUGUUUACAUUCACUUAAGACUUUAUGUGAAUACUCAUCAAAACAGACAAUUCUGCAUAAUUUAGUAUGUAUUUCUCCGUUCAUGUGAUGCGAAAAAAACUACUCGCGAGUCGCGUGCUGUGAGAAGCGCUUUCUGUGUGUAUGCUUCAGUGUCUGCGCUCAGAAAACCAUUCCGAAUUGAGUUCUCUCUUGCGUCGUCAAAUUUAUCCAUAUAUCUGCUCUUCUCUUACUCCCACAUAUUGAAAUUUUUUAACGUUUUAGGAGACGUGCAGCAAGUGCAUGUUAGCUUAUGUCCCGCCAGUUCAUAUGUAUGCAUCUAACCUUCUUACCACGCAGCAGAUUCGUUCUGAAUGAAUCUCCUCCCAAAUUGUCCCUCCCUAACAUUUUCAUUUUGAUUUAUUCGUUGAUGAAAAUAUCAAUAGAUUUUCAUCAUAGUUUUUGUCAUUCAAAAAGAGUUUUCAUUCGUUAUCAUCUCAUUGACGAAAAUUAUGACGAAAAUUAUUCGUCAACGAAAUUAACAGUGUCAGAGCAAACCGUUUUGUAGCAUUUUCCUUUAAAUGUUAAUGAGCUCUGCUGACCCCGUACCUCUCUUCCGAGCUGCUCUCUAAGGGACUGUUUUCUUUAGCCGCAUUCAUCGUGAAACUUGCUUAUUAGCACAUUAUUAAGAAAGGCGAUUUGCAAAGAUUCAUUAAAAAACCUUAUACUCACUUUUUCUGUAGAUGAAGCUGGAUCAAGAAUGAUUUGCACGAACAUAGACGCUGUUAGGUAGAUCGGGGGCGCAUUCCCUUCAAAAACAAACAUAAUCCACCGCGUCUUCAGCGGCUCAGAUGUCGGGAGUAAAUAACGACUGCUAUGUUCAUUAUUACAUCCAACAACAGAACACUUCAAUCGCUUAGGAGUCAUUCUUAUCUACAUCUGCUGUGGCGUUGAAACAAUGGUGGACUGAUGACAGCUCACGCAGGACGGGUCUAAGUCUGUGCUGAAACGCUACUGUCAAUCAAACCAUUGUGGGAGGGGUCUGUUUUUGUGAUGUCACACAGACAUGCAUCUGAG